AUUAAAGACAUGGUGUUAAAUGUAACAAAAAGUGUUGGAAAUAGAUUAUAGCGGUCCCGAUUAUUGGACUUUUUGGAGCAUGUGUGGAACAAUGUCUGGCUUUUUUUCCCUGGAGCUCCUUGGAAAUGAUUACCUGCACACCUGGAAGUCCUUCAACAUAAAAGAUGGAGACAUUACGGAUGCUUUUUCUGCUAACGAGGAAGCGAAACAAAACAUUGAGCUUCAACACAUCAAACCUUAUCCGCCACGAUACAGGCCAGCAUCGCUAUCAGCCUGCAAAGACGCCUGCUUCCGAGGUGUUCACAAAUUCAAGGAUGCCGACCAAAGGGACGCUCACAUUUAAAUGAAGAUUCAAUCGCAAUCCUCAAAGGGUGAAAAAAAAGUUCCUUCAGGAAGCGUCUUUUGGGGUCCAUUUUGCCACCUCGGGGACGUGAAAGUGGACCAGCCUGUCGAUCCAUGGCCACAUUUGUCAACUACCAGGUACUCGCAUGGCUGCCGUCGUGGUGACCCCCAAGAUGCAGGAACCAGGAGAACCAACAGCAGUGAUUCACACGCUGAAGUAUUUCAACACUGCGUCCUCUGAAGUGAAAAACUUCCCAGAGUUUGUGAGUGUCGGCUAUGUUGAUGAUGUUGAGAUCGUUUACUAUGACAGCAACAUCAAGAAGGCAGUAUCCAAACAAGACUGGAUGAACAAAAUCACAGAAGAGGAUGAAAAGUACUGGCAGACCCAGACACGGAUCUAUGUAUACAACCAGGUUGUUUUCAGAUUCAACGUUGCAAAGUUUAUGAAGCGUUUCAACCACACUGAAGGUGUUCACAUUUACCAGGAGAUGGUUGGUUGUGAAUGGAAUGAUGAAACUGAUGAGGUUAAAGGUUGGUUACAGUACGGUUAUGAUGGAGAAGACUUCAUAUCGUUGGACAUGGAGACAUGGACAUGGACCGCAGCAAAACCACAAGCUUUCCCCACCAAACUCAUGUGGGAACGUAACAGACAAAUCAUGGACAACGAUAGGUUCUACUUCACUGAGGUCUGUCCUUCUUACUUGAAGAAGCAUGUGAAGAAUGGGAAGGAUGCCCUAAUGAGAACAGAGCUCCCAAUGGUGUCUCUCCUCCAGAAGACGCCGUCCUCGCCGGUCACCUGCCACGCGACCGGUUUCUACCCCGACCGAGCGAUCAUGUUUUGGAGGAAAGGCGGCGAGGAGCUCCGCGAGGACGUGGAGCACGGAGAGAUGCUCCCCAACCACGACGGAACCUUCCAGAUGACGGUGGACCUGAAAGUGAAGGUGACGGCCGACGCGGAGGGCAAGUACGAAUGCGUGUUUCGGCUGGCUGGCGUCGAGGAGGACUUGAUCACCAAGCUGGAGAGAAGAAACAUCCUGAGCAACGCAAGGGAUGAAGGCAACAUGGUGGUCCUCCCCGUGGUGGUCCUUCUGGUGGCCAUCUUUAUCGUCAGGCGUCUCAGAAACAAACUUUGUCAACUUUUUCUAGUCUUCUAUUUGUUUUUUAGCAGCAGAAAAAAAAAAAAAAAAACCUUUUAUUAGUCUUUGUUUUGUUUGUUCGCUACUUGGGAAGUAGAUUCCUCACAGUUCACCUCCCGUCCUUCUGUCACAGCAAAACACAUUUUUGUAUGUAUUUUUCCCACAAGGUGAGCUGGAUGCCACUUUGAUAUUUGCCAACAAAAAAGGAGGAAAAUGGCCGAAAGAAGCAACGAGCAGACUAAAUUGACUGCUAUGUUGACCUUAUGUCAUAAAUUGUCAUCCAUCCCUCCAUCCAUUUCCUACCGCUUGUCCCUGUUGGGGUUGCAGGGGGUGCUGGAGCCUAUCUCAGCUGGGUUAUUUUAUUUCGAUCAUCUCCAGUUGAACACACUUGCGCUGGCUUGGCUAACAUUGGCAACCCUCGUGACGCGCGUCACGUGACCUCCAGUGGCCGUGGACGGCCAUACAAGGCAAGUCUCACUGGAAGUGAAGCACAGAGACGGAAGGGUGUGCACAAAAGGGAAUAUGCAUCGGAUUUGGGCCGAAGGUCUGCUUGAACAGUGUACUGUAGUAGACAGCAGCAGACUUUUUUAGUCUUCGUUUUAUUUGCUUACUAUUUGAUUUUAAUCACAGUUGUCUUUCACAGUGUGAUUAAAAUAAAAUAAAACAUUUU